CACCCAGACCACCUCGUUAACCUAAAGUGGUCUGGGUGCCUAUAGUGGUCCUUUAAAAUCUCAAAUGGGGGGAUCAGUGGGCUUGGAGUUAGCCUUCAAUAGCAAAAUUGGAAAAUAAAAUGUGUGUCAGCCAUGUUUCCAGUUUGCCUAUUCUGGCAGUAAACUUGAAAAUCACUCUGAAUUCGCGCUUAGUAAAUACCGCGAGCAGCCAGGUAAUGGCAGGGGGUCCUUGGACGUGGAAUGAACUCCACGCAGCGCUCGACGUAAGACGUCAUUCCCCAUUCCUCACUGAUGCAAGCACGCUGUGUGCAGCGAGAAGGGGCUGCUCGCAACACUUUGCAUGCUGGGAAAUGAAGUCCAGUGUGCAGAUACCGGCACACUCUGCGCACGUCUUUCGACACCACAACUCCCAAGAGCAUCCGCGGUGUGUGCUGGUUAAUGAGUUAAAGGGACUGCUCAGCGGAGGCUCCGGGGGAUCUAAGGGCUGCGGGGAACGGGUGUGUAUCAGCGGGUGAUAUGGGGGGGGUGGAGGAACCAUGCUUCACAUCCAUUAUUGGUUUCAUACCUGCGAUACCUGUCUGCUAAUAGACUAUUUUCAUCUCUUGUUAUUUUCCCCCCCUUCCUAUUCUAUUUAUUUUAGCUGUGUACUCUGUAUGUGUAUAUGCUGUAUGAAGGGGAUGUGUGUACUACCUAUCAGGACCAUAUUCUAAAUAAACAUGUAUAUGGAAACAUUGCAAGGGACACGUUGUUUACUCAUGCAAGCCCUCAAAUAUAUUGUGCAACAAAGGCAGGUCAGAAUCCAGUGUUCAUAUCCUCCUCCCAGUGAUUGUGUUUUUUUACACUCAGAUCCACCACAUUCCAAUAUUCACCUAUUUAUACUCAUGCUCUUUCUUGUUGCAUUCACCAGCCACCCUGACAAUGUGUAGUAAAAAAUGUAAUGUGUGUGUCUUUGUGAAAAAAUAUGCUAUAGGCCUUGUGAGUAGGAUUAAAAAGCUAUUAUCAAGACAUUUUUGCAUUAGUGUAAUGUGGGGAAUAGAGGUGGAGUCAGGAGAGAGAUAAAGAGAAAAUGGAUUGGGUUUUUGAUAGAAAACACAGGAUUGAGGUCAGGUAAUGAUACUUAGUGCAGUAAUGCAAUGUUGAGUUAACUGUGUGGUAGAAAAUCAAUAUGGAAAUAUUUUAAGGGGAAGAUUUAGUUGAUGAAAUUACAUCUCUGUCUCAACUUCCUUUAUGUGUUAUUAGAUGUCACUUUGCUUUUUAUUCAUCUCUUUAUUGGCUUGUUAAAAAAAAAAAAAAAUUUUUUUUUAAUUGCUUAUGUGACGGACAGGUUUAUCCUUCUUUUCAUCAAUUCCUAAAAUGUUAUGACAGUAGUACACAGACGUAUGUGACAUUGGUCACUUUUAAUGAUAACUGCAUCCUCCAUUCUGUGUGUGUAUAUAUUUUUCACAGUUUCUCAUUUAAACCUAGAAAAUGCACAAAGAUGUAUGUUGUCAAUCUUGCAUAUAUGAAACUUUGUUUUGCUAAGGUAUUGUAAUCAACUUGUGUUUAUAUUGAUUUUGGGUUAUAUCUUCCCUGUGCAAAUCAGAGAGCUAAACUGUAGUAAUGUAGCUUUGGGUUUCUGACGUACAUAUUUAAGAGUACAAGAAAUAGUUGUUGUCAAGGUAAGGUUGAGUUGGACAAGUCCAGUCCAAUGCAGCACUACUUUAUAAUGUAGGACAUAUGUUGUGUGAAACUUUCCCCAACAAACCUUAGCAUUAUGAGAAUAACACACUUAUCAGCGAUGGAGCCAUGAAGAGAGUUGGUUGAAGCUGAUGUCUAGGGUAGAUUGAAGGAUAGCAAUAUAAAGGAAUGUUGCUAGGUUAGUGCCUUUGGCUUAAAGGCAUAGUUGUCAAUAUCUGAAAAAAAGUAUUUCAGAGACCCUUCAUGGCAAGUAUGCAAGCUAGUGAAUGUAAGCCACACUAAUUUAAUGCUUUCUACAGAUUCGCCCACUUUGCUCUAUCCCAAAACAUCCACACUGGUGACUUUUAGACCUUGCGGGGCCUUAGGCAAAAACGAACAUGAGGCCUAUAAUGUGGAGAAAAAAAAGUAGGGGUUGCAUUCUGUGUGUAUAUUCGGAGUUGUAUGUUUUCUAUGUGGAGGGGCUGUAGUGUUUGUGUAUUUAUCACAUAUUUAUUGUGGAUAUUGAGUUAGAAUAUAGAAACUGAGGAAUUCCACAGAAAUCUCAAGACAGAGUACCAACAAUAAAGAGGCAAUUAGUACAAAUAAUAUUUUUUUAAAUUUUUUUUUUUUAAAUGAGGUGAACUGAUCUGGCAAAAAGUUUCUAUGUUGACUAAAAACUCCAAAAUUAAAAUAUUUAUACUCAGUCGAAUAACUUAAUUCGUUGCUUAUGUGUGGUUUCCCCUAAAACAAAUUUGCAUUAUAGACAAGGUUUUAAAAACCCCAUCGGGGUUCUAGUCUUUUUAUUCUGUUACCUUUUUAAUAGGGAUUUACACACUUUUGAGUCAUUUAAAUUUCAGACAUCGAUUUACAUUAACCUUUUAGCUGCCAGAACAGCAAACAAUAUACAUUUAAUGAAAACAGGUGAGUAAGCGCUAAAUAACACAAGUGGGCAGCAACCCUAAAAAGGGAAUCCCUCAAAAACCCUUUAGGAUAAGACACAAAAAAUACAAAAAAAGGGCUGCGCUUAAGUAAUAAAUGAAUAAAAGUCCAGAUAAAAUAAAUAAAUAAAUAAAUAAAACAGAAGAGGUCUUAUCUUGCAAUGUCCAUAAUACUUAGUCAGAGGUAAUAAUCUUGCUUUCUUGCUUUCUGUCUUGCUUUCUGUCUUUCUUGUGGAUUGUCUCUUAUGUAAGAUAUAAAAACAAAUACAAAACCACAAUGGUGCAGUAUAUCUAUAUGUGUAAGGAAUAAAAUAUAAAGGCUUGAUUGCGAACUCACAUAUCCAAGAGCUAGGACCUGCUCUGGUAUAGAAGGCGUACAGCGGUUUAGAUCCCCCCUUAUGGGAUAUAGGAUGGUUAUCCUCCACGUGUUUCCUCCUUCCGUGGUGUAAAAGAUGCUCAAAUAAAAAGAGACAGCCAAUAGUGUUCUCUGCGUAAAAUUAAAAUCCAAUAUAAAAACAAAAUAAAAAAAUGGAUACUCACAAGACAGGAGCAGGUCAACUGCUCCUGGUAUUUCGCACUGGUGGAAUAAUCCCCACCUAGGAUUGCUUGGAGUCCAGCGAAUGAUGCCAGGUAACAAUAAUAAUUAUAUGUGUGUUAAAAGAUAAGUAGUACAAUAAAAGAUUAUAAAAUAUACUUUAAUUGUAACAUUACACACUAUAAAUAACCAUGUUAUAUCCCAUAAGCGGGGAUCUAAACCGCUGUACGCCUUCUAUACCAGAGCAGGUCCUAGCUCUUGGAUAUGUGAGUUCGCAAUCAAGCCUUUAUAUUUUAUUCCUUACACAUAUAGAUAUACUGCACCAUUGUGGUUUUAUAUUUGUUUUUAUAUCUUACAUAAGAGACAAUCCACAAGAAAGACAGAAAGCAAGACAGAAAGCAAGAUUAUUACCUCUGACUAAGUAUUACGGACAUUGCAAGAUAAGACCUCUUCUGUUUUAUUUAUUUAUUUAUUUUAUCUGGACUUUUAUUCAUUUAUUACUUAAGCGCAGCCCUUUUAUUUUUAAUAUACAUUUAAUGUUUAACACCUUCAUUACCAAGUAGUUUGCAAAAAGAAAAUAGCCACCAGAAACUACAUUUUUUUUUUUUUUUUUUUUUUUUGUGGGUGUCCUGGAAGAUAAUGCUUAUACUUUUCAUUUCAAUAUGCAUAGAUAGCACAUUAUUUAAAGGGCGUAUGUGAUGUCCAAAAUAACGUCUGCUCAUUUUAUUGAGGAUAAAAUCAUAUCUAUAUGUUCUAGCAAUUUUGCUAGCAAAUGCAUAGAUUAAUAAGUUUUUCUUACAGGAGGUCCCUCUCCACCCAUAGCAUAUGCCAUGGUUGUUAUGGCAACUAUCUAGCCGGCGUUGCUAGGGCUGAAUUGACAGUAUAGGAACAGAAUGACAGAAAGACACCAGCAUUUAAGCCAGCGUGUUGGUGUCAUGGAGGAGAAUUGCCCUUCUAUGGGAAGUGUCCCCAAGUUUUCAAAUCAACAUAGAGUCAAGGAGCGUGGACAGAUCAGAGGUGGGUUUUACAGUAGUGAGUAGUGUAACACCCACCUCCUUUAACCCCUUAAGGACCAAACUUCUGGAAUAAAAGGGAAUCAUGACAUGUCAUACAUGUCAUGUGUCCGUAAGGGGUUAAGAAGACUUUGGCAGGGGAGCGGAGAGUCAGGUAAGGGGUGAUGGUUCCCCUUUAACCCUCACUGCCAAGCAGUUUGCAAACAAAAAACACCCACAGAAUCCGAGUAUUUUGGGUGUCAUGGAAAGUAAUGUUUAACUAUGUUUUGUUUUAGUAUGCAUAUACAGCACAUUAUAUAUAUAUAUAUAUAUAUAUAUAUUGCUGCAUUACUAGAACACUGCCUCUUUGCACACAUCUAUAGACUCAGACACCACACGUUCAUAUGUACAGCCAUAGGCACACGACAACAGAUACAUUCAGUCGGAGACAUACGUACAAACACUCGCAGAUACAUACAGUGAGGUAGUGGAAGGGAAAAAUGUAAUCUUACCUUUUUUAUUCCAAUAAGCAAUACAUAAGAUAAUACAAUAAGCAAUACAUAAGAUCAGCUACCCAGCUCGCCAGCAUGACUGUUGCUGCAAGCCUCACUCUCAUCACUUUCCGGCUCCUCCUCUGCUUUCCUUGCGUGGACAGGGAGAAAAGUGGGCCAUAAUGGUGUGAUUCACGACUUUGCAGAGGUGCAGGUGGCAAGCAUCAACCAGCACUGGUGAAAAGUACAUUCAAGGGUGUGCCUGCAGACAUGCUUGCCUUUGUAUUCAGCAUUCAGAGGCUCGCAGCAUUGCAGUUCACUUUUCUGCUGCUCCUUGAGCUCUCUGCCAGUAGUUAUGGCAUAAUUUGCAAACACAAUUAAUAAAAUAACCAAAUUUCAUUUGCAAUUACAGAAAUUGUGGUAUGCUAGAAAAACUUAAAAAAAUAAAAAAUAAAACAAUUUACCAAAUAAUUACCGUACGUUACAGCCACAUUGUGCACUGACUGUGUAUAUUUCUGACUGUGUGUGUCUAGCAUUGUCUAUCAGUGUACGAGAGUGUAUGUCUGACUGUGAGUAUCCUUGCAUGACUAUAUGUCUGGGGAUGUGUUUGUCUGUGUAUGGGACCUGACCAGAAAAAAAAAAUAAAAAUUUUUUUUGGCUUUACCUCCCUACACUUAGGGAAAGUAUGACCAAAUAGGUCAUCACCUCAACUGCACUAAAACUCCCAUGGUCUUUGUCAGCUUUGGUUCUAUCGUUUGCCCAUUCUCACAUUGUGUGUGAACACAAUGGUAUAUUUGUGUGUAGUAUUGGCAUUUGCAGACAGGUGUGUUUGUGUGUAGGGUUUGCUUGAAUGGCUUGAGUUGGCAAUUAAAUGUAGAGGUGUAUUCAUUUGAAUGUUGGCAUUUUUGUAUGGAGUAUAUUUGUGCAGUUACUAGUGUGUAUGUGUAGUCUUGGUGCUUCAGUGCAGUGGUGUAUCAACAUAUAUAUAUAUAUACUCUUGCAUUGCUGGUCACACAGUUGCACACUGAUAUACACUGUGUCUACAGGUACACAGACACACAGAGAAAUAAAUAAGAAAAUAUAUUUUCUAGUCAUCCUCCUGUUUUCAUAUCUUUUGGAUGUCGGAGGAUGGACUCCCAGGGGCCCCGUGGGAACAGGCUAGUCUAGGCUGUCUUCUCUCUCCCUCUCCACAACUCUGUGUGCAUUCCUACCAAUACAGCAGCUGCUCUGAGAACAGCCAUUUGUCAUAUAUAUAUAUUUUUUUUUUUUAAUGUGAAACAGUCAUGGAGUGGUUUCACAAAAACUUUCACUCUCCAUGGGACCCAUAGAUUCUCCAGUCAACUUGUUCAUAUCAAUGCCAUCCACUACGGACGGCUGGGUUAACCCUCCACUAGAAAACAUAAUCCUACCAUUGUUCAGAUUGGAUGGUAUUGAUAAUGUGGGAGCAAUGCCAGCUAGAGCCCUGUGGUUUUUUUUUUUUUGUCAAAUUGCUCCAAAAAGGUUUGAUGCAUAAUAAAAGCUGUGUUGGUUAUGUUGCUUAGACUGUACAACCUGUAUGAGGACAGGAUGAAUAUUUUGCAGUUCAAUAUGAGCUUGGUGUAUGGUACCGUAAAGUAAGGGAAUGGGUUCUGAUAGUGGGAAACCUGUUGAAAUUACCAGACUCUCCAGAGUGGAGACCAUAACCAUUUAGAAGUGUUCAAGAAAAAACACAAGGAUGACUAUAAGAACGGUAGGUAACAGCAGUAAUAUUUAUGGGGUUAAAUUGAAUGAAUAGCAAUAAAAUAAUAAAAUUAGUCAGGGAAAUGGUUGACAGGUCAUACCAGCUUACCCAUAAUCUGAUAGGUUGUAAGGUGGUGUCAGAGGGGAAAGCCAGGUUUAGGGGUAGUUUGGAGAUUUUGGGAACAAGGAAUGGAAAAUUACUAUUUUUACAGCUCUCCUCUUUUGCCCUAAAAUUCUGUGGCGUAGUGUUUAGUCUGUAAAAAUGUAGGGAGGGGGGAGAAUAUAUCUUCAGCUGGUAAAAUCUUCUUGGUGAAAUAGUAUUGAGGAAGGAAUAAAAGGUGAUUUAUGCUAGGAGAUAUUAGAUACUGUGAUCAUAACAUGCAACUGUAUGAAUAUUUGCUAUUUUGCAGGCACUGCAUUUAUUCUCCCAUUAUGAGCAAACUCUACGUAAUAUUAUCCUUUGAUCUGUCAUGAUUUUUUUUAAAUAUAAAUGUGCCAUAUUCUUCAGAAACUCUCGAGAUAUUCCUUUACAUGUACCCUGAUCCAUAUUCUAAGAUUUAUCCAUUUUCCUCUUCAGAUUGUUUUUGUUCUUUGAUCCAUCUCUCUCUGUCUCUCAGGUGGUCAGUGAAAUGUCCCUUGCCCAUACAAUCAAUGCCCGCUGAUGAUUUGCUGUGGAGCUCCCUGUUCUGACUGCUCGUCCCCCUCCCUUGACCCCCGGUUCCUCCUUACUAAUGACCGGCUGGAUUGUCCUUCCUAUCAGCCUGACUGCGUUCUCUAUCCCUGGAAUAUGGAUUGUGUAAGCAUACAGAGGGAUCUUGAUAGUGAGAGAUGUAGACAUGAAAUUAUAUUUUUAAGGAUAAAUAUGGAGCCAGUAUGCUGGAGUUACAUUCUAUGCCAAAGUUUUACAUUUGCAAUAUAGUUAAUGCAUUAAUAAAUUAUGUAAAGCAAAAAAAGGUUGAGUGGGAGUUACACAAACUUUGACUUACAAAACUAUUUAAACAAAAAUAUAUUUUUUCCUGAUAUAUACAUACAUAUAUACACACACACACUAAUUCAAGUUGCCAAUUGCACAUAACAUAACAUACAGGUAUGUGUAAUGUUAUUAAAAGAACAUGUAAAUGUUUUCCUAACACUAAAGUGUUCUUCUUUGGACCCUGAGUAACAGAGGGUCUGAGAACACACCACAUCCCUAAAUUCUAUAUAAAAAUUAGUAUCUUGCAGGGGACAGAACAGAUUUCUGUUUUGCUCCUGUUUGGCAUCAUCAAUUAUUACAGACAAUGAUGUCAGGUUGUUUUGUUUUGUAAUGAUUUUCUUGCUCCUAGUAAUUUGUUGUUGGGGUUUUUUUUUCACUAAACAAUAAAUAGACGUGGAUUGUAAAAUAAAUCACAGUGUUGGGUGAAAAAUUGGUAAGUUGUGACUGUGGUGCAGUUUUCAGGGAAUUUUUCCAAAUCCGCUAUAUUAGACUAAAUUUUACCAUUUAAUUUUGGUUUCUCUAUAAAUUGGUAUUUACUAAAUAAACCUAGAUGUGUUUUUAUAAAUGCAUCAAAAUAGGAUUAUCUGUAUAUAUGAGUGCAAAGAUGGCUAGAUAAUGGGCAAUUGAUUUAUUGUAACAAACGUUAUAAAAGUGACCAGCACAAGCUUCCUUUUCUUUCUUGCAGGUACGCUAUGGCUGUAAUGAACCAUCACGUGUGUCCAGUGGAAAACUGGUACGGUAUACAAAUCAUACCUAAUUGAGACCUCCUAUAAUAAUGGUUGCGGAUGUGUCAUUUUAGGAUUUAUUGAUGUGUAAUGCUACUGUGUAGUGCAAGCCACUUGUCUGUUUUUGUGAUUUAGUUAAUCCUAAAAAAGUUACAAAAUGGCAUUGUAACAUGCAUAGUAGGACAUCAUUCUUAUUUUAAAACUUAAUUAAACUUUGUGUAAAUUUGCACUGGGCAGAUGAUGUGCUUUCAUUCAUUACCACACAGUGCCCUGAAAAUAAAGUAAUAUGUGUUAACAGUAUUUACUAUGUCCGCAUUGUCUAGACUCUCUUCUAAAGUUAACCAGUUAACAUUUGGGUAAGAACUUCUAUACCUGGAGUCCACGUACAUAAAGCACACAUUGCCCUGUGUAGAAUCAGACAAAUCAAAGAAGAUUUUUGUAGCCUCUGUGGUGGCCCAGGUUGCUUGUAACUUAUAAGAACCCUGACUUUUCUAUUAAUUUGAGCUUUUUUUCUUUUCCCCUCUUUUGUAGGACAUACAAUCUGACGUGCUCCGAUGACAACAGCAAGCAGGGGACUCCCAAAUCUUGCUGUACCCUAGAGGAUGUUCCCCUCAUCAGGUAGGUCAUUCACAGCUAAUUCCGUCCCUCUAUACACUCUACCCGGCAACAACUUUUUCUAUGGACAAAAUAACAGGUAGCCACCCUUUAUUUUCCGUUUACCUUCUGUCUGUAUCUGUCGACAGAAUUUUCUAACACACAACUCUUCUUUUCUUCUCCAAACAGCAAGUGUGGGACAUACCCUCCAGAGAGCUGUCUGUUUAGCCUGAUUGGAAAUGUUGGAGCUUUUAUGGGUAAGUGUAUUUUGUGGAACCUAAUGCAUGUUCCUUAUUCCCCCUCAGUGGCCCCUCCUCCCCCCCCCCCCUCCCACUUGUAUCGUCAGUCUCCUUUUUCCUCCCUGACUCUCCUCUCUCUCAGUGGUGAUGAUCUGUUUACUGAGAUACAGUCAGGUGAUCGAGCUCAGCCACAGUUCCUGGCUGAACACAGUCGCCCUGAUUUCCGGAUGCACCAAUGCGGCAGGUCUUGUCAUGGUGGGCAACUUCCAGGUAAGAGCCGACUACUUUGCACCACAUAUUUAAACUACAUCUCACACACACUUGAUUCUCUCUUUUUUUAAUAAUAACCUAAUAUGCUGGGAUAUACUACACAUUGAUAAAGCGGUCCUAGUGAGAUGCUCAGACAUUCAUGUUCUGCCAUGGGGUGACAUGUUUAGUCCUUGAGUACUGCUCACAGGCUACUUGUACAGUAUAUUGCUGCUCACUACAGGUGAGUUAUUAAUACUGGUGUUAAAGUAGUUGGUUCCACAUGUCACCACCUUUUUCUUUUUACAUUAAAGGGACACUAUAGUCACCUGAAAAACUACAGCUUAAUGUAGUUGUUCUGGUGAGUAUAGCAUGUCUCUGCAGGCUUUUGAAUGUAAACACUGCCUUUUCACAGAAAAGGCAGUGUUUGCAUUACUAUAUUGGGACAUCUCCAGUGGCAGUCACUCAGACGGCCACUAGAGGUGCUUCCUGGGUCACUGUUGCACAUUAUCUCCAUGCUCUGCAUGAAAGCGCUGAACUUUCCCCAUAGAGAUGCAUUGAGCCAAUGCAUCUUUAUGAGGGGAUGCUGAUUGGCCAGGGUAGCAUUUUGCCACAAAUUCGCAAUGGCUUCCCAAGAAUCCAUUUCUUUGUAACCAGAGGGCUUAGACUGAGCUAACUUGCAAGCUAUACUUUGUCAGCCUAAUUUAAUUCAAGGAUGUUCAAGACAAUUGUCUGGUUGUUGAUGAUGAAACUAAAAUCCCUAUGAUUCAGCCAAAUGGAAUGUGUAGUCCAUGAGUGUCUGUGAACAGCAGGUUGACUAACCAUUUAUAAGCGUGGCUUUAUUUGAUGCUGGUCAUUAAGCAGUUUCACCCACAAUAUGCUUCUACAUGUUAGCCUGCCUUUACUCCCAGCUCUGUGUAAUAAGCAGGCAAACUAAUGAAUAUAAAUAUAGAUACAUGCUGCCAUCUUUUGCGUGCCUAUAUUUCCCAGAAUUUGCUGAACAUAAUCUAGAAGAGAAUUUGGUUGAAAUUGUUGACAAAUGGCAGAGAAGACUAGAUCUUUGUGCUAUUAAAAUAUCCAUGUGUCAAUUUAACUACAUGUUAGAAGACUGAAAUGCAUGUUGUCAACUAGUUUUUGUUUCUUCUUUUGUAACUUAUUAUUUAGUUUGAAUACCUUGCAUUUCAUGCUGACAGUGGUAAACAUCUACUAUCAAUGUGUCUUGAGUCAUUAUAUUUUCUUAUGUUCUCAGGUGGAUUACGCCAAAUCUCUACAUUAUAUUGGGGCAGGAGUGGCGUUCCCAGCAGGAUUGCUGUUUGUAUGCCUACACUGCAUCCUCACCUACCAUUUGGCAAUUAGUGCUCUGGAUUACUGGGUGGGACACCUGCGUGUCAGCCUAACCGCUGUGGCCUUAAUAUCCCUUGUUCUGAGUAUCCUUUUAUGUACAUAUUUGUGCUACUUUUUUGUAUUAUUAUUGGCAUUUAUAUAGCAUCAUCUUAUUCCACAGCUCUUAACAAUGUUAUGGAAGGGGGAAAUUUAACAAUAAAUGAGAGAAGUACAAAAUGAUACAGGAACAAUAGGUAGAUUAGGACCCUGCUCAAAUAAGCUAACCGUCUAGAGGAGUGGAGUAUAAGGUCAAAAUAGGGCAAGGUGGAAACAUAGCAGAACUGGAGGUGACUGUUAAGUGUGGAUAUUUAGGAGGGCAUAAGAGACAGGUAUGUGACAUAGAAGUUACUCUGAGAGGCCAUAAGCAUUACUGAACAGAUAGGUUUUGAGGGACUUCUUAAAUGAUUGAAGACUAAGGGAGAGUCUGAUGGGGGUAGGCUGGCUGUUAAAAAGAAAACCAGCUGCCCCUGAAAAGUCAUGGAAGGGUGAAUAAGCAUUAAGGGUGCGAGCAGACGACCGGAGGAGCUCACCGGCAGAGUGGAGAGACCAAGAAGGGGCAUAACUACGAAUUUGUGAAGAAAUGUAACAGGCUAGAGUUGUUUCGAAAUUUAUAAUUAAGGGUUAGUAUUUUGAAUUGACACCUAUAGGAUACAGGAAACCAGUGUAAGGAUGUACAGAGGGGCGAGGUAUGGGAGGAGCAACAGGAUAAAAAGCUCAGCCUGGCAGCAGCAUUCAUUACAGAUUGCAGUGGGGCAGUUCGGCUUCUGGGGAGACCAGUUAGAAGAGAAUUACCAGAGCAAGAACAAGCUCUUAGACAGCAUCUAGCGUAAGAAAGGGGCAGAUGUGGGCAAUAUUUUUGAGGUGGAAUUGACAGGUUUUAGCAACAGACUGGAUAUGAGUUGCAGAGUUGAGGCCAGGAUGAAAGAUGACAGCGAGCUUGCAAGGACAGAUGGAUGCAGGUGCCAUCAACUUGCAGGGAAAGCAAAAGAGGAUCACUGUAAUGUUUUAAAGACAGCAAAUUUCAGAGGGAGGGGACAUGCAGUCAGGGAUUGAAGAAAAGCAGGCAAAGACACAUUGUAGGACAGUGAGGGAAAGAUCAGAGGAGGAGAUAUAUAUAUGGGUGUCAUCAGUGUACAGGUGGUAGUGGAAUCCAAAUGAAAUGAGUUUGCCAAGAGAGACAGUAUAGAAAGAGAACAAAAGUGAACCAAGAGCAGAGCCUUGAGAGACUCCAAAUGAGACAGGACAAGAGGAGGUGGUGUCAUCGGAACAGGAAACGCUAAACCUACGUUGGGAGAGAUAGGAGGAGAACCAUCAAGACAGUGUCACACAGACAGAGGAAAUUAAGAGUUUGAAGGAGGAGGACAUGAUCAACAGUGUCAAAGACGGCAGAGAGGCCAAGAAGUAUUAGUAUGGAGUUGUGGCCUUUGGAUUUAACUGUGUCAUUUUGUAAGUUUAAUCAGAGCAGUCUCAGUAAAGUACAGGGAGUGCAAGCCAAAUUGAAGAGGGUUGAGGAGAGAGUUGGAAUUAAGGAAGCAAGCCAAACAAGUAAAUAUAAGUCUUUAUAGAAUCUUUGAAAAAGGGAGCAGGGAUACAACAGUAGCAUGUUUAAUGGGAGUAGGGACACCACCAGAUGCAAGAGCGAUGUUGAAGAUGUGUGUACAGGAUGUUACAAGACAAGGAGAGAGUGAGAGAUCUGAUAAGGUGGGAACAUACAGGAUCAGGCAGACAAGUGGUGGAAUGAGAAGAAAAGUGCAGCCACCUCUUGUUCAGUAGUUGGAAAGAAGGCCUGAAGUGUAGGGGAGGUACAGUGCAGGUAAACCAAGUAAGUUUAGGAAGUGUGUGAUGAAUAAGUCAUUGAUAAAAGUUGAUUUAAUGAUGUUGCACACAGAACGUGCAUUGCAGAGGGAAGCUUGAAAUGAGGACUUAAAGGUAGAGUUAUAUGGGAUUGACAUCAGAUUGUUUUGGUUUCUGUUAUUAUACUAAGUUAGGUUACUGGCAGGGGGACCAUGGUUUAAAGCGACAUUAUCAGCUGCCAUAAGCAGAACGAUAGAAAGGCAGAGACGGUCAGAGUAAGAUUUAUAUGUUUGUGAGGGCAUGCAUUUAGGAGGAGUUUAUGGAGAAAGGCUGAAUAAGGAUGAGUUUAGUGCAUUAGAUGAACAGAGAGAGGAGAGUGGGAGCAAUGAAGAUGGUGUCAGCAGGAACAGAUAAGUAGGCUAGAGAGAUUUUAGUAAAUGAGAGAAGUAUAUACAUCAUUGCAGCUGUAUGGUCAGUAACCCCAUUCAACUGGUUAAGCUUUAUGAAGAAUGUAAUCCACAACAACUGGAAUUUCAAAUGGCAAGCUGAUAUAUGGCAAUUCAAUUUUAUUUAGCUUCAACAUAUUCUGCAGUUCUUUAGACAUAGCAGCAAACAACUGACAAAGUAAUGUUGAACAACACAAAAUGGAAAGGGGUACUCUUCAAACAAGCCUAAAAGGACAUUCUAAGCACUAAAACAACUUUAGCUUAGAUCGAAAAGCCCAACUGAGACUCACACAACCUUCCUACACACUUCCUGACAAAGGGUCCAUUUAGUUAUGUUUUUGCUUCCCUUAAUGCAUAGUGUGUUUAAUUUACUUUGCUUUACUGCUAGAGUCUACAACAGCUAUAAAUGUGUGAUUACAUUUUAGUUAACAGCAGAAUAUAAAAACUUCUAAAGUAAACACACUUUGCUGUAAAAAUUGCUGCUUUUUUUUUUUUUUUUCAUGGAGGCUGUGUGAGUUACAGUCAAAGAAGGUAUGGCUAGGGCUGCAUAAACAAAUUAAUUUAAAUCCUAAAUCCCAGAGAAUUGACCAGUGAGACUGCAGGGGCAUAAUCUAUACACCAAAACUGCUUCAUUAAGCCAAAGUUGUUUUGGUGACUAUAGCGUCCCUUUUAAGCUCUGCUUUUUGCUAUAAACUGCCAAAUGGCACAGUGCUUACGUGUUUGUAUGUAUAGCUAAAAAAGUAGAAUUUCUGAAAAGUAGAAACAAUAAGAAAUAAAGGAACAUAAAAAAUUUCGAAAUAAAACUGGCAAAGUGACAGGGCCACUUUAAGGGCACUGUUCAAGGACCGGAAGCUAUGGGAAAGGCUUUAAGGACACAAGAUAGGUCAUUGCAGAGGAAUAAUGCUGCCUUUGAGAAAUUCUGUUUAAAAUUAUUGGUGUGAGAAUGAGCAAAGGAAACAGAAAGGUCACUAAUGCCGUAAAGUAGUGAAGAAGGGGUGUAUUUUUGAAUUAAAGAGGAAAUGUUCAAGUCAGUGAGAAUGUGUGUUCUGAGUGGCCAGCUGAAUGGAAGUAGCAUGUGUUUCCUUUAGUAAAUACUGCAAUUUUUGUCAUAGCAGGAAAGUAGAUUUUUGUUUUUCAUUUUAUAGUGUGACUUGUCUUAAAAAAAAUUUAAGCCAAAUUAGCCAGUUUGAAAAAUUCUCCAAGUCAGCUAUGACUUUAAAAUUCACUUUUAGUUCCCAACACUUCAGUUAUUAACCUUGUAUGUGAUUUUUGAUUUUUUAUUUUAUUAUUGUUACUCUAUAAUGUGUGUGUUUUAAAACCAAUACAUAUGCAAUAUUAUCAGGAUUAUUUACUAAAUUUAGAAUUCAAAUUUAAGGCCAGAGUAAAAUAUUUUGACCUUAAAUGUAAACACUUUAGUAAAUAACCCUGUAUGAAUUCAUAUUAGAAAUCUGGCCAGAUUCAUGUACAGGCUAUCCCUUAACCACUCACCCAGGUGGAGUAUUUUUCAUCCAUGAAAGCUUCCUUCUCCAGCACUUGGCUGCCAUCUGUGAGUGGAUAUUUGUCCUAGACAUUUUGGUCUUCUAUGGCACCUUUGCGUAUGAGUUUGGUUCGGUCUCUAGUGACACACUGAUGGCAGCAUUGCAAAGCAGCGCAGCUCGCAGCUGCAAGUCUCCGGGAAGCAGCAGUACCUCCACCCACCUCAACUGUAACCCUGAACGAAUUGCCAUGAUUUAAGGGGUGCAAGAUGUACAGAUCAAGUCCUCCCUCUUCCUCUACACUCAGGACAAUUUUAACAUUUUUUUUUAAUGUUUUUACCAAAUAUAAAAGAACAAAGCCAAUGUUUAUGAAUUUGCAGCCAGAGGGAGGUUGCAAUUUGUUAUCUGAUAGCUUAAGAUAACUAAACACCAAGUAUUCACUACAGUUUUUUUUGUUUUUUUGUUUUUCUGUCACAUGCAUUUUUAUGUUUAACACAUUUUAGGGCGUUUUGUUUUUAGAAAUUUUUAAUUUUUUGUUUCCAGUUUGUGUGACUGGAUGGAGACACCUUGUGGUAAUUUUAGGAAACUAUGGUUUUUUUGUUUUUGUUUUUAUAAUAUAUACUUGUAAGGGCAAGAUAAAGUGACAGUGUUAUCGAACCUCAUCUAACUACAAUGGUGCCACACUAAAAAGUACAUCUGUACUCUUAUCCUGCCUCAUAUUAACCACAACACAGUGUAGAUUGACUUUGAGUGUCUUUACAAAAUAUCAGGAUUGGAUAACUAUAACCCUCAACCAGCAGAUGGGAGUUGUGGAGGGUGAGCAGCCCAAAUGUGGGCUGCAAUUUUUAAUAGUGCAAAGUAUCUAAAUGGUAGAUUCUACAUUCCAUGUGCAAAACAUUGCAAACAAAUAUACUGGCAUGUAUAAAUAUAUCUUGGCGUUUUUUAUAUUUUUGUAUGAAAUAGUAUACUUGUUAAGUCACUUUAAUACCAAAAGUAUUUUUUGUGAACCCAAAAUACGAAAACAUGUUAUGCAGAAACACAUAAUUAUGUCUGCUGUUUUGUAAUUUUGUAGUACCGCUUCAAUUAUUAUGCACUACUGUUGACAAACAGAUUUUAUCUGCAAUAACAUCCUGCUGCUGUACCCUAAAUCAACCACAAGGUGUCCAAAUAUAAGCCCUCAGUAAGUUGUGCUUACAUCACUCUUUUCAAGGUCAUGUCUCCACAAGCCUUAAAAUUUCUAUUAUGAAUAUGUAUUUUUUUUUCUUCCCCCUCUUCCUGGAGAGUGACUGACUGUUACUGCUUCAGAUGGGUGGAAAAUGUUCUUCCUGUAAGAAGCAAUGUUACAGGCUUCCUCACUGCCACUUAACACAUAAAGGAAAUCUUAAGUACAGCAAAUCCAGAAUUCCGGUUUCCUCUGUUUCCCAGGGGACCUCUCACAUUUGCAAAUGCUACUCUAAAAACAUCUAAGAGACUUUGGGAGAUCAUAGGUAUCUUUGUGAUUCCCUGGGCUUUGUUUUUAUUUUAUUUUUUAAAUUGUUAAUAAAAAGUACCAUUUUAGCACCACUACCUCUGUGCCAUGCUUAUAUAGUUUAGACUGAUGUAAUUUUAUCAGACAGUAUGUUUACGGUUUAAGCCUUCUUAAUUCCACUGACAACAGAAUACAAAUGUGCGAUGGCAUAAAGUCAUGGGAACAUUAUUUAACUAUUUGUUUAGUGCUGCCAGUGGGCAAUAGUUGAGAUUAAAAAUAUAUAUAUAUAAUCUGGAUCCACAUUUCAGCUGUGCAGUGGGGUCCCAUAUCACUAAUACAGAGGAAAUUCAGCCUGUUUGGGUCCUAAAUAACAAAUCCCAGACCUUUUUAAAUGGCAUAAAUAAUGUCUGGAUUUUUCAGUCUAAAUGGUUUUGCCCCAUUCAAUAUGAGUCCAUUACAACUUUAGUGAAUAACCACAUUAAUUUCCAUUAAGACUUCUCCAGGGCAAAAGUUUAACAUUAUGCUUUCUAACAGGAUAUUUGUUCACUGAUAGUUUAAAAAGAUCCAGAGCUCCGUUGAUUUCCCGGAUUGUCUUCCUUUAAACAAGUAUAGAUUGAUUACUGUUGGGUGCACUCUUUUGUGACAGAAUUGCAUUGGUCCUAGUAACUGCUGAAGCACUUC